GUGUACCAUAGUCAUGCCGGUCAAGAUGGACAGAAGUAGUCAGAAGAGGAACUUGUCCGAGUUUCAGGCUUUUUAAGCCGUCAGAAUGGCCGACACCGGUCAAGAAAAUAGCUCCAGUUUUGCUGGAAUAGAUCUGUUAUCUGAAGCGUUAGGAGAAAGUGGUCUAAAUCUUGAAGAACAUUUUGAUUUUUUUGAAAAUGCACCGGCUACCACGCUGUCAAGUUUUGCAGGUCUUGACUAUCUUGGUGUGCUAGACAACCUGACUUCUACUCUUCCUAAUACAACACCGACAACAUUACAGAAUUCGUCUAUAGUUGAACAUGUUCCUGCUGGACAGAAUAUUGUUGGAACUGAGGAUCUUUUCUCGCGAGUUCAACCAAUAUCAACAUUAUCUGGUGUUGUACAAUCUCAACCAAACGUGGUUUUCUCUCAGCCUUCUCUUGCACUUUCAUCCGAAGUCCCAUCAUCAGCCACUCGCGUUCUUCAGCAACUUUUGUCCCAAAAUUCACUGGACUCAAGAAGUCAGAGAACUGCUUUGUCUAGUUCUUCGCCUUUAAUGAUCGACCUAGCAAGCACUUCUAACCAAAUACACUCCAAUCAACUUUCUUGGCCGGGAAGUUCACCAAGUAGAAGUGCGCUGUUUUCACAAAACAUCUCUGACCAGAAAAGGGAACUGUCCAAAAAAGAUGUGUCGCGGUUAUGGUCCAAUGACAUUAUUAUGAUGACCAAAAAGAAUGAGGCAAAGAUGGAGAAUGAUUUAUCAGUUGAACCAGAGGAAGAAGAAGAAGAUGAAGAUUUAGGAUAUACAGACACGUAUGCUGAAUAUAUGCCUACCAAAUUGUCAUUUGGGAAACGUCAUCCAGAUCCAGUCGUUGAAACUAGUUCCUUGGCAAGCGUUUCUCCGCCCAAUAUCUGGUACAGACUACAGCUCCCGCAAGAUGUUAUAGACAGUGCACAUUUAUCAGCCUUGCAGCUUGAAGCUGUGGUGUAUGCUUGUCAGAAGCAUGAAACAUUUCUCCCAAAUGGAAACAGAGCAGGAUUUUUAAUUGGUGAUGGUGCCGGUGUAGGAAAGGGUCGAAUUGUUGCAGGAAUUAUUUAUGAAAAUUAUCUUUUGGGAAGAAAAAGGGCAAUUUGGUUUAGUGUAUCAAAUGAUUUAAAGCAUGAUGCGUACAGAGAUCUUAAAGACAUUGGCUGCAAUAUUCAUGUUAAUUCUCUUAAUAAGUUUAAAUAUGAUGUCAAACUGUCUUCAAAAUCUCUUGGUGGGAUUAAGAAGGGUGUCAUUUUUGCAACAUACUCAUCAUUGAUUGGAGAAAGUCAGAGUACAGGAAAGUACAACACAAGACUGAAACAAUUACUACACUGGUGUGGUUCGGACUAUGAAGGAGUUAUCAUUCUUGAUGAAUGCCAUAAAGCUAAAAACCUUGUUCCUACUGGUUCCUCAAAGCCAACCAAGACUGGUCUUGCUGUGCUGACGUUACAAAACAGCCUUCCUAAAGCUAGAGUGGUUUACUGUAGUGCAACAGGAGCGUCAGAGCCAAAAAAUAUGGCCUACAUGUCACGACUUGGUAUCUGGGGUAUUGGUACACCUUUUAGAGAAUUCAAUGAUUUCAUUCAAGCUGUAGAACGCAGGGGUGUUGGCGCUAUGGAGAUAGUUGCUAUGGACAUGAAACUACGUGGGAUGUACAUGGCUCGUCAACUUAGUUUUGCUGGGGUUGGUUUUGAUAUAAAGGAUGUUUGUUUGAGUGAGGAGUUCAUUCAGAUGUAUGAUGCUGCUGUUCAACUGUGGGUUGAUGCCAGAGAAAAGUUUGAAAAAGCAGCAGACAUGAUGGAUGCAGACAGUAAGCUCAAGAAGACAAUGUGGGGGCAGUUUUGGUCUGCACAUCAGAGGUUUUUUAAGUAUCUUUGCAUCGCAUCUAAAGUCAAAGCUGUUGUAGAAAUUGCCCAAAGAGCUAUUGCCAUGGGAAAGUGUGUUGUGAUUGGUCUACAAUCAACAGGAGAGGCAAGGACGCUGGAGCAACUUGAAGAGUCUGGGGGAGAACUUACUGAUUUUGUCUCAACAGCAAAAGGUGUAUUCCAAACCUUGGUUGACAAACAUUUCCCUGCUCCUGAUCGUAAAAAAAUGGCUGGUCUCCUUGGUCUUGUAAGAGACACUGAUUCUAAUGGCUCAAGAUCAGCUGUGUCUUCUCCUGUACCUAAACGAAAACGAAAAAAUUUUAAAAAGGCAAAACCACCAAAAAAGUUGAAGACAGGCCUUGAACGCAUAUUUGACCUAAGCAGUGAUUCAGAUAGUGAUUCCAAUGAAGCCAGUAAUGAUGAGAACAAAGGAACUAACGACAGCCUGGAGUCUGUAGAAUCAGACAAUAAUGAACAGUCAUCUGGUAACGAGUCUGAAGAAGAAGAAGAAGAUGACUUUAAUCCUUUUGGUGGCUUUGGAUCAGACCAGGAAGAUCCAUGGCUUAACAGAAAAACUAAAAAGAAGAGUAAAAGUAAAUCAAACAGAGCGAGUCCAGACACAUCAGACCCCGCUAUGAGUGCAUUAGCAGCUGCAGGACUCAAUGUAUCGACACCUAUUUGGAAUAGUUCAAUAAAGCCAAGUAAGACAUUUAAUGGCUUGCCAGAUUUAUUACCAGCAAGAACAUCCAGCCCAACCUCCUUUGGAAGUAAAAACCUUUUACAAAAAGCUCAACUAAACAUGCACCAUUCUCAGAGUGCACCAGUUCUGUCAUCUCUUUUACAAUCCUCAACUGGUAGUCCAACACAAGGGUCUGCAAGUGAUCAGUGUUGUGCUAUGAAGAAAGAAUUACUGGAAAAAGUAGAAGUUCUUAGUAAACAGUUGCCACCUAAUACCCUGGAUGAACUCAUCGAUUCCUUGGGUGGACCAGAUAAAGUCUCUGAGAUGACUGGUCGUAAAGGUCGUGUCGUUAGCCAUGAUGAUGGCACCGUCAGCUAUGAAUCACGCAGUCGGCAAGAUGUGUCGCUAGAAUAUCUAAAUAUAGAAGAAAAGAAGAGAUUUAUGUGUGGCGAGAAGUUUGUAGCUAUAAUUUCUGAAGCAGCCAGUUCUGGAAUAUCACUUCAAGCAGACAGACGAGCACAGAAUCAACGACGAAGAGUCCACAUCACUCUGGAAUUACCAUGGAGUGCAGACAAAGCAAUACAACAAUUUGGGCGGUCUCAUCGGUCCAACCAAGUAAGUGCACCAGAAUACAUCUUCCUCAUCUCAGAGCUUGCAGGAGAGAGACGGUUUGCCUCUGUUGUUGCUAAGAGACUGGAAAGCUUGGGUGCUUUAACACAUGGUGACAGACGAGCUACUGAAUCACGUGAUCUUAGUCGCUAUAACUUCGAUAAUAAAUAUGGACGUGCAGCUCUUGAAGCUGUCCUCAAGUCUAUUUGUGGUCACGCAACUCCUAUGGUACCACCACCAUCAAACUACAGUGGAAACUUCAUAAAUGAUAUUCGUGUUGCUCUUGUUGGCGUUGGGUUGGCAACAAGAGAUGAUCGAGGGAUAUAUAACAUACUAGACAAAGAUUACACCAAUUUAUCUCGGUUUCUUAAUCGUAUACUCGGUAUAAGUGUCCAACUUCAAAACCUUUUGUUUGGUUACUUCAUGGACACUCUUGCAGCAAUCAUUCUACAAGCCAAGAGAAGCGGCAGAUGGGACGAAGGAAUUCUUGACCUUGGAUCCCAGGGUGAAGAAGUCACUGAACUAAGCGUUCAAACGUUUGUUGGAAGUAAAACGAUCGGUACAGCCACCACAGAGCUACACACGGUCAGCGUGGAGCGUGGAGCAUCAUGGGAGCACGUAUUUAAUCUGUCAUUAGAUCAAACCGACCCAAAUGAGGGAUUUUAUGUAUCACAUACGGUCCGUAACGACAAAAGGACAGCAAUCUUUGUUGUGUGUCAAAAGAAAAAAAUGUACGGCAUUUAUCGACCUAACACAGGACUACAGACUAAACAUGAAAGUAUACAAGAUAUCAAGAAAAAAUACAAAAAGGUAACUUCAAUCGAAGCCAAACCUUUCUGGCAAGCUCAGUAUGAAUCAUCGUUUUCUCAAUGCAGUCACGCCUACUGGAAAGGAAACUGCAAGAAAGCGACUGUAGGUUUGACGUGUGAGGUUGGCCUCAGACGUCGGUCUUUUAAUAUUCUAAGUGGAUCUGUUCUAAGUGUCUGGAGUAAAGUGGAAAGCGUUCUUGCAGGACAGCCUGGGCAUAAUUCCAAAGUCCAGAUUAUUCGGUGUAAACGAAGCGAUGGUGGAAAGAUCGUUGGAUGUCUUAUUCCAAGUAAUUGUGUCCCAGCACUUGCGCGGGCUUUGUCACCCAGUGAAGACGGACAAACAGAGACUAUCGAGAUAUUAUAGACGUUAAACCAGUUAUAAUCUUAAUCAUUCUAAAUCUUGUUUGCUUUGAGGGCAUUCUUUGUAUGUAUCAGUUGUGUUAAAAUUAUGAUAUCGAGAAAAAUCAAGAGUUCUACCAAGAUGUUAGUAUGCUUACGAUAUAUGUAUCAAAGUGAGGCCCAGGGGUGCGAACCGUUAAUAGUUUAAGCAUUACAUCCGAAAGCCUCGUUAAGUUCCUAUACUUCCUGACUGCUAAAUAUGACAUAUUGAAAGUAAGGUCGGAGUGAAUAUCCUUUUACUGCAAGACAAAAAGUACUAUUUAGACCUCAAAAGAAAAAAAAAUGAUUCAGUGAACUAGCAACUGUUGGUUCUGUCAAAUGAAAAUCGCUCUAUUUAGGCUUAAAUAUCGCCAUGCCAAUUGCGCUUGCCAAUUUCGUACGUAUUUUUACUAGCCAGCUUCCAUGCAUAAUAGUACACAAGAAUAUCACUUUAUGUAUUUACUUUGUAAAUAAAUCUUCGUAAAAAUAAUUUAUUAAACUCUACUGCAUUCAUAUUUUGCACAGUUAAGGAAAUAAAAGUUAUUAUUGUAAGUUUGA